AUGAGGGUAACCAAGCAAGCCUUUAUUAAAUUUAGCAUUGGAAGGUAUCAAGAUAAAAUCUUGUGUGAUGUGGUACCUAUGCAAGCUUGUUAUCUUUUGCUUGGGAGGCGUUGGCAAUUUGAUAGGAAUGCGCAACAUAGUGGAAGGUCCAAAAAGUAUUCACUUGUGUUCGAGGGUAGAAAGUACACUCUUGCCCCAUUGACACCCUAUCAAGUGAGUGAAGAUUAUCAAAUCAUAAAGGAACUCGGAGAGAGGGUUCAAAAUGAGGAAAUCGAGAAGCAUGAUAAGGGAACCUUGGUGGCUAUUGGUGGAGAAGGAUCAUCUCAAGAUGGAUCCAAGAGGUGUAUGUUGGCCAAACCAAGCAAUUGUUUGAAGGGAGAUGAUGAGAGGCACUUCAUGGUGUGCCUUGUAAACAAAGAUCUUCUUAUGCAUACUAACCAAACUACUAGCACUUUUCCUAGUAGCGUGACUUCUCUUUUGCAGGAAUAUAAUGAGCUAUUUCCGGAGGAAAUGCCCAAUGGAUUACCUCCAUUGAGGGGGUAUUGA